AUGUCAUUCCGGCCAAUGUUCCAGCGGCGAGCUGUUGCUCCCGUAGCAGCUACCCUCCUGGCUGGAGGUGUAGCCCUCUAUCCCAGGCGGACGGCCUUUGCAGAGGCUCCCCAUGAGUCGCAGAAAAAACCCAUCUACGACGACUUUCCGACGGAGAAGACACCUGCACCACCCUCCCUGCCCUCGCCUCCUUCCACCUCUCAGCCCUCUUCUCCCACUCCGACAGACAUCCUGACCUCCCAGGUUCGAGAAGCCCGUCUGUUCCUGUACGCGCACUGCCUCGCGGCCGAGAACAGCUUCAACGACUUCCUUUCCCGCGUGCUCCGCAUCGAGAAUGCAUUCACCGACACUGUUGCUUCUCUCAAGCCCUCUCCGGAAUCCGGCGAGCGCCUGAUGCCCGGAGGUAUCUAUGUCAUUGUUUCUGCGAUGGCAGGCUCAAUAGUCUCGCGGAACCGUGGUGUUAUCCUGCGCACCACGACACCGCUUGCCUUCGGUACCGUUGCGGCCUGGACCCUGUUGCCAGUGACGAUGCGCAACGUCUCUGAUCUGAUCUGGGAAUACGAGAAGAGAUGCCCGACUCUGGCUGAGCAGCAUCUGAAGAUCCGGGAGACUGCCGAGAACACCUGGCACACUGCUGUUGCGCAUAGCGCCAUGACGAGAGCCAGGUUCGAGGAGAAGAUCGGCGAUGCCAGGAAGAAGUUGGAAGAGAUUGUCAGCAAGGGUCUAUAA